AUGGCAGAGCAUCUGGCCUCGAUCUUUGGCACGGAGAAGGACCGGGUUAAUUGUCCAUUCUACUUCAAGAUAGGGGCGUGCCGGCACGGGGACCGCUGUUCCAGGCUCCAUAACCGCCCCACAAUAUCUCCCACUCUCCUGCUUUCAAACAUGUACCAGAGGCCUGACAUGAUCACACCUGGGGUAGAUGCUCAGGGCCAGCCCAUUGAUCCUCGCAAGAUCCAAGAGCACUUUGAAGACUUCUAUGAGGACCUCUUCGAGGAACUCAGCAAGUUUGGGGAGAUUGAAAGUCUCAAUGUCUGCGAUAACCUUGCUGAUCAUAUGGUUGGGAAUGUCUAUGUCCAGUUCAAAGAGGAAGAUCAGGCUGAAGCAGCUUUACGCGCUCUUCAGGGCCGAUUCUACUCUGGGCGUCCAAUCAUUGCUGACUUCUCCCCCGUCACGGAUUUCCGGGAGGCUACCUGCCGGCAGUUUGAGGAGAACAGCUGCAAUCGGGGUGGAUACUGCAAUUUCAUGCAUGUGAAGCAAAUUGGAAGGGAGCUGCGAAGGAAGCUUUUUGGGCGUUACCGAAGAUCGAGGGGGAGCAGGAGUCGGAGUAGGAGCCCAAUCCCCCAACGAAGGGAGCAGCGUGAGCCUGGUGCCUACCGUGAUUUUGGGGAUGGCCGUGAUGGUGGCAGGCGAAAUUGGAACAGACAUGGAAGGCCUGAAGGUGAUGGUGGUCGUCGGCAUCAUCGAAGUCCCAAACGCAUGAGAAGCCCUGUUCGAGAAGGAAGUGAGGAACGCCGUGCAAGGAUUGAACAAUGGAAUCGAGAAAGAGAAGGAAAUCAGGGCUGA